AAUUUAUUAAAAUGUUUUCCAAAACAAUAACGUUUGUAUUAAUAUUUAUAGUAUUUCAUAAACAUAUUGAGGCUUUUAUUAUUUUCGACAUUUUAAAUGAAGUAAUAAAUGGAGUAAAUGAUGUUCUAAAAACAGCAAAACUUUUAAUAAAUCCAGAUGUACUUUAUUACCUGAAUCUUAUAAAUACAAAAACUGUGGCAGGGACUGUCUAUCAGUUUGAUACUAAUGCUUAUAGAUACAAACCAACAGAUCCUGAUAACAUACAAGAUUUUGGUACUUGGGAUUUUAUUAUAUGUGGAGCUGGAGCAGCCGGUCCGGUAUUAGCAAAUCGAUUAAGCGAAGUGACAGGAUGGAAUGUACUUAUUUUGGAAGCGGGAGGUUUACCUGACAAUUCAACGGAUAUGCCUGCUUUAGCAAUUCAAAAUAUGGUGUCUGAUUUUAACUGGGGAUUUUUCAGCGUGCCUCAAACUAAAUCUUGUCGAGGUUACCAGGAAUCUCGAUGUCCAUACGCAAGAGGUAGAGGUUUGGGAGGUAGCACGCUUAUAAACGGUUGUAUGUUAUCUAGGCCAAAUGUUAAAGAUUUAGAUAAUCUUGGAGCGGUUGCUCCAGGUUGGAGUUACAGCGAUAUGCUGCCAUACAUGAUAAAAUCCGAAAAUUUAACCAUAAAUAGGGAUGAUGCUCCUAUUAAUCCUGAUUAUCACAAAACUGGUGGAGAAUUUCCUACACAAUUUAAUUCUAACAACAAUUCUAGAACAAGAGGUUUUUAUAAUGCGUGUAAAGAUCUAGGAUACAGUAUAAUAGAUUACAAUAGCCCUCAGCAAGUAGGGUGUUCGCCAAUACAAUUUAAUAUUAAAGAAGGUAAAAGAUGGGAUACAGGAAAAGCCUUCAUUUUAUCACUUAAUGAAGCUCGUCAAAAUCUAAAAGUAAUGACAUAUAGUUACGUUACAAAAAUAGAUAUAGAUCCGAUAUCAAAAAAUGCCACCGGAGUUAUUUUUUCAUACCAAAACCAAUUGUACCGUGCAAAAGCGAACUUGGAAGUUAUAGUAUCCUCUGGUACUUUUCAAUCUGCUCAACUAUUAAUGUUAUCAGGAGUUGGUCCAAAGGAACAUUUACAAGACUUGGGUAUUACUCUGAUAUCUGAUUUGCCUGUAGGUAAAAACUUAAGGGAUCAUGUCAGUAUGACUAUACUGGGAAACCAUAACCAAACAGAUGAUAACUAUAAGUUACAUCAAGAUGAUAUAAUUGAUUACAUAAACGGUUUUGGUAGGUUAACAUCUUUACAAGGAAUAUCAGCACUAACUUGGUUCCCUACUAAAUACCAAACAGACAAGACAUGGCCUGAUAUAGAGUUCAUAUUAAUACCUUUUAUCCUCACUACAGUUCUCAUUAGCAACGCUCCUCGUUAUACUGCUUUAAGUUUAAUUGAACAGUUCUCAGGUGCCCAGUUAGAUCCUGUAUUUCUUGGGUAUUACGCCUUUACUCUAACCAAAUCUGUUGGAACAGUAACACUGGCCAGCUCAGACCCUUAUGAUUACCCCUUGAUUGAUCCAAAUCUUUUUGACGACCCAAUGGAUAUAGAGGCAUUAUAUGAAGGGUUUUUAGGUGUGUUGGCUUUAUUAAAUACACCUUCAAUGAAGGCUAUAAAUGCCCGCCUUGCUGGAUUGCAAAUUCCAGAAUGUGGCCUGUAUGAUGAAAGUUCAAAAGAAUAUUGGCUUUGUGCUUUUAAAUACCUCGGCUUUCCGACAUACCACCCUGUAGGUACUUGUUCUAUGGGCCUAGACAGUAGAACUGCAGUGGUUGAUCCAAAUUUAAAAGUUUAUGGUGUAAACAACCUUCGAGUUUGCGAUGCAAGCAUUUUUCCCUUUCCGUUUUCACAUCAUCCUAUGGUUAUUACGAUAGCAGCCGCUGAGAAAUUAUCUGACAUUAUAAAAGCAAACUAUAAUAAAACCUGAUUCGUUACAAUAUUUUUUGUGCCAUAAAAAACCUUACUUAGUGUAUGCUGCUACUUUUUUCCAAUUAUUACGAAGUUAUUCAAAUUAAAUUAAUUUUUAGGGCUUUAUAUGUAUAAUUACGCAAGUUCGUUAUAUUUAUUCAUUUAGUACAUAAGUCAUAUAUUUAUUUUAAACACUAUUUAAAUUUAGAGAUUUGUGUCAUAAAAACCUUACUUAGAAAUUAAAUUGUAUGCUGCUACUUUUUUAAAAUAUUUGCUUUUUUUAAAUAGUACUUACAUAAUAUAAAAUAAUACAAGGGUGCUAUUUAUAUUUUAAUAAUCUAAAC